AUGGCGAGCUCCGCUGAGGGCGGGCGUGCGCUGGCGGUCCUCGGUCAGGGCGAGCUUGCCGCGGUGGCUGUCUCCGACCAGGGCGAGCGUGCGGCGGUGGCUAUCUCCGGCCAGGGCGAGCGUGCGGCGGUGGCGGUCUACGGCCAGGGCGAGCGUGAGGCGGUGGCGGUCUCCGGCGAGGGCGGGCGUGCGGCGGCGGCGGUCUCCGACCUGGGCGAGCGUGAGGCGGCGGCGGUCUCCGGCCAGGGCGGGCGUGCGGCGGCCGCCGGUGUCGGCGAGGCGGCAGCCUCCGGCAAGCGCAAGCAGUGCGACUGCGACUACAUCCCGGACUACCCAUGCACGGAGCGUCUCCGUUGGCGCCGGCUCCUUGCGUACCUCCGGGACAACUGCUACGACCAGAUCUACCAUGUGUAUGCCCUCAAUCUCAACCCCCAACACACCCACCACCAAAAUCCUCUUGCGAAUGAAUGCGGCCAAAAUAAGUUGCGUGUGAUCUUCGACGUCGAGGACCUGGUGAAGCGGAUCAAGGCAGGCCAGCUCGAGGAGGCGUGUGACCACGUCAGGACCUUCGCACCCAUCUGGGAAUUGAGCAGCCACGCUGGACUCCUCACGCUCUUCCUCCAUUACCUCAUGGCCAUCCACAGAUUCGCCGACGGCGACACAGCCAAGGAAGGUGUCGUCCGCGACUGGUUCAUAAAGUUGUACAGGCAUCGUGCUGCGCUCUCUGAGUGUCCUUGCCUCGUCGCCCUUGUUACCGAUGUCCUCUCCUUCGCACACUUUAUGUCAGGAACACUCUGGACUGGCAACUCGUCAGGGAACAAGGCAGCGGAGCUGGUCGAGCAGAUGGUUUCUGAGAUGCCUGAGCUCAAGGAGAUGACGCGUUACCCGCUCGCCCAGAACGAGCUGUACGACGUAAUGCCCAUUAGGUGCAGCUUCCGUCCAAGGCGUCAAGUGAAGAAAGUAGGCAGCAAGAAGCAAGCAACAGAUGUUGCAAAGGUCUAUCUUGAGAUGAAGAAGAGGUUGGUUCCUUCAGCUCAGAUGGACUGUCAUGAUUAUUCAGAAAAAGUUUUUGAGCUGGUCAGCGCAAAGGUGCUCAAACAAGGCCAUCCAUCUGAAUAUUUAUCCAGAGGAGAAAAAGUUUUUCAAGCUGUUCAGCCUAUGAUGCUCAAUCAAGGCCAUAGACCUGAAUAUUUUUCCAGAGGAGUUUUUCCAUUUGAGGCUUUGCAUGCUUAUAAAUCUAUAGCUGAGCGCAUGAAGAUAGAACAAGGACAUGGGCCUGAACAUGCAUCCAACCAAGGACUGAUUCAAAUGUGGUGUGUGAUCCCACCUGCACCUUUUGGUCCCUGA